AUGUCGCAAUCAGACUCAGRAGAACACCACGACCAUACGGAGAUCAAAGGGCUUCUGGAGUGGAUGGACGAUCCGGAGAACGACUAUGAGCAUACAGACGCCAUUGUCGACGGUCCGCACCCUUUGCCGCACUAUUGGACAUCAUUCGAAGAGGCUGUAGGCAAAGGCGCUGGAUUUGAGAAGUGGAAAGACGCUCUCAUCAGCAGACAAGACCUGAGAGACCGUUCCGAGGAUAUUGUCCGUAGCCUGGACGCCCACUACUUCAAGAGCCAGCUACAUCAAUGGAUAAUUCUCAGGUCAAAGAAGAAUCUGACAUGUGACGGAUGGGCAUGCAUGGGCUUGACGUCUGUGGUAUUGGAUGAAGAUGAAGAUGAGUACAAGAUACUCAUUCAGGUCGACUUCAAGAAGCAUACCAGCAAUAAGGACCUACUGGAGACCAUUCUCCAUGAAAUGGCUCAUGCUUGGAUAAUGGUGCACGGAAACGAGGUUAGGGUCGACAAUUGCGAAAAAUCGGACUGCAAGCUCCGCCUUGGAGUCACCGGCCACGGCCAGCACUGGCUACUCCUAGCCAGAAGACUGGAGCUCCGUGCAGAGAGCCUGCACAAGAAGCCUUUUGGUAUGGGCAGAGUGCUUGCCGCUGCGGAAGAAACAGUCGAAUUUGAGAGAUCUCUCGGCGAAGAGCUGCAAUCCCAGCUGCACGCAAUGCUGAAAAUCGAGCUUGGGUGGAAAGACUACGAGCGCGCAGUGAGAGACAGCGCUCUCUUAAGCGAACAAGAGAUAGAUUUGAGAAUGAAAAUGCUCGAUUAG